ACGGCGGGGAGGGGAGUGCAGGCAGAGGGGAGAGGGAGGAGAGACACACAGUGACAGGGUUACACACAGCAACAGGCGCGGAGCUGAGAGGGGCACACGGGCUGAGCGACUUGUGGGAGAGCGACUGGGCGCGCUGAGAGGGGCUUGGGAUCUACACGCCGCAGAGAGGAGAAGUUGUGCCUGGCAGAGAGCGCAACAGGAUGCACCAUGAGGAGGUCUCCCCGCUGCUCCGACCCAGAUAUGGCUCAAUCGUUGAUGAUGAAAGGCUUUCUGCAGAGGAAAUGGAUGAAAGGAGGCGGCAGAACAUUGCUUAUGAGUAUUUAUGCCAUCUAGAGGAAGCAAAAAGGUGGAUGGAGGCCUGCUUAGUGGAAGAACUACCCCCAACUACAGAACUGGAGGAAGGCUUGAGAAAUGGGGUGUACCUAGCUAAAUUAGGGAGGUUCUUUGCCCCAAAGGUGAUCUCUGAGAAGAAGAUUUACGACGUGGAUCAAACUCGGUUUAAGCGUUCUGGCCUUCAUUUCCGGCAUACGGACAAUACCGUGCAGUGGUUAAGAGCCAUGGAAUCAAUUGGACUUCCUAAGAUAUUUUAUCCUGAAACCACAGAUGUUUAUGAUCGAAAAAACAUUCCCAGAGUCAUUUAUUGCAUCCAUGCACUAAGUUUAUAUCUGUUCAAACUUGGAAUUGCACCUCAGAUACAAGAUUUACUGGGAAAAGUGGACUUCACAGAGGAGGAAAUCAGCAAUAUGCGGAAAGAGCUGGAGAAGUACGGAAUCCAGAUGCCAUCAUUUAAUAAAAUUGGGGGCAUUCUAGCAAAUGAACUCUCUGUUGAUGAGGCAGCCUUGCAUGCAGCAGUUAUUGCCAUUAAUGAGGCUCUGGACAAAGGCGUAGCUAGCCAAACAAUGGUAACGUUAAGGAACCCCAAUGCAAUGCUAUUAAAUGUUGAAGAGAGAUUUGCUGAGGAGUACCAGAAUGUGCUUGCACAAGCCAAGAAAAUAAAAGAAGAUAAUGCAAAGAUAAAGAAUAACACAAUUUCUGAAGAAGAGAGGGAUGUGUAUGAAGAGCUGCUUACACAAGCAGAGAUACAAGGUCACAUCACUAAGGUUAACACCAAUGUAGCCUUAGUGCAAGUAAAUGAGGCCAUUGACAGGAAGGAUGAAGUGGCUUUGCUUAAUGGUCUGAUGCUUCCUAUUCUGAGCCUUUUUGAAGUGCAGCCGAAAAAUUCAUCAUGGUACCUGGCACAAUUGUGUAACACUAAAGAACAGAAAACACAGAAAGCAGGUGCCCCCAGUAUUCUUGACAAAAACGAGAUUCAAAAAGACGUGAGCGUUGCCAAUAAGGAAGCAGAGGCUCACGUUCUUAUGCUAGAAGCCGUGGAAAAGAUCAACGCGGCUCUUCUUAGUGGCGAUUCCUCCCAAACCCUUGCAGCACUCCAGCUGCCCGAGGCUCAGAUGCCUACAGUUCAUCCAUUUGCUGAAACACUAUACCAUAUGGAACUGCAGAGUCUGCAGAAACAGAACCCUGCGAACUAUCUGACCCAGGAGGAGCUGUUUAUUGCUGUGGAGAUGUUGUCUGCUGUUGCACUCGUCAAUCAAGCCCUGGAAACUAAUGACUUCAAUGCUGUUCAAACUCACCUUGCCAGCCAAGCUAUUGGCCUCAAUAAUCUGGAGGAAGACAACAUGCAACGUUAUACUGGAACACUGGCAUCUCUUAGGAAAGAAGCUCUUCACCAAGGACAAAGCUAUCUGGGCUGGACUGAAAUUCAGAAGUGCAUUGAUGGUGUUAAUGAUGAAAUACAGGAAGAAAAUGAAAGGAUUAUUGCAAUUGGAUUCAUUAACGAUGCCAUUGUCCAGGGAGAUCCUAAAAGUACCUUAGAAGCACUUCUGGCUCCACAAGCCAAACUUCUUGAUGUCUCUCAGGAAAAUGCCUGCCACUACCAAGAUGUCCUCCAGCAGGCCAAGGCCCAAAAGUGCAAGGAAUCUGAAGAUGAAUCGGCUGCUCUGUGGUUAGAUGAAAUACAGAAAGGAAUCCACAAUGCAAACCAGGACAGAGAAGAUGCACAGACAUUGGCAUCUGGAGUAGCAGAAAUUAACUUGGCCCUGGAGAAGGAUGAUGCCCAGCAGACCCUAAUGGCCUUGCAGUGUUCCAAGACUAGAUUAAAGGGAGUGCUUCCAGAGUGUUCCGAGGUCUAUCACAAGGAUCUAUGUGAAGCCAAGACACAAAAGACAACUGAAGAAGUAGAUGAGAGUUUGUGGCUGAAGAUAAGAGUGAAGGACAAAUAUGAUUAUUAUUAUAAUGUAGAAACAAAGGAAGGAUGCUGGGCUCAACCAGAAGGGAUUACUCCAAAGCAUUCAUGGCUUACCAGGGAGGAAAUACAGCUUGUUGUUGGAAAGAUUACAGCGGAUUACAACAGGGAGCAGCUUUGGAUGGCCAAUGAAAACCUGAUUAUUCUGUUACAAGCACAAAUAAGGGGUUAUCUUCUCAGAAAAGCAUUUAAUGAAAGGAAAGCCUACCUCCACAAACAGGAGCCCUCUGCAGUCAAACUCCAGGCAUGCUGGAAAGGAUAUAAACAAAGGAAAUCUUACACAGACAGGCUAAAAUUACUUCAAGCAAACAUUGUUGGAAUUGUCAAGAUCCAGUCUUGGUUCCGGAUGUUAAAAGCAAGAAAGGAAUUUCAGAAAAGACUGCAGUAUUUCACGGAUCAUGAAAAAGAAAUAAUCACAAUCCAAGCAUUUCUUAGAGCAAAUAAAGCAAGAGAAGAUUACAGAACAUUAAUCAGCUCUGAAGAACCUCCACUAAAUGUAGUACGUAAGUUUGUCUACCUUCUGGACCAAAGUGAUUUAGAUUUUCAUGAAGAACUAGAGGUAACAAGGUUAAGAGAGGAAGUCGUCACGAAAAUUCGAUCUAACCAACAGCUGGAAAAAGAUCUCAACCUCAUGGACAUUAAAAUUGGAUUAUUGGUGAAGAAUAGGAUUACACUGCAGGAUGUUGUGUCACACAGUAAAAAACUGAAUAAGAAGAGUAAAGGCCAAGUGGAAGAGAUGCUGACUGUGGAUAAACAAGGGAUAAAGGGCCUGAGUAAGGAGAAAAGGAAAAAGCUUGAGGCCUAUCAGCACUUGUUCUACCUCCUCCAGACAAACCCUACAUAUUUGGCCAAGCUGAUUUUCCAGAUGCCCCAGAACAAGUCAACCAAGUUUAUGGAUACAGUGAUCUUCACUCUCUAUAACUAUGCAUCCAACCAGCGGGAAGAGUAUCUACUUCUCAAACUCUUCGAAACAGCCCUACAGGAAGAAAUAAAGUCUAAAGUUGACCAAAUCCAAGAUAUAGUUACUGGAAACCCUACCGUGAUAAAAAUGGUGGUCAGCUUUAACCGUGGUGCUCGUGGACAGAACACACUACGCCAGCUCUUGGCACCUGUCGUAAAAGAGAUCAUCGAAGACAAAUCGCUCAUAAUUAACACCAGCCCCGUGGAGGUAUACAAGGCUUGGGUAAACCAACUGGAGAUGGCCACAGGAGAGGCAAGCAAGUUGCCAUAUGAUGUUACUACGGAGCAGGCCCUGUCUCACCCAGAAGUGGUCAGUAAGUUAGAAUCUUCUAUCCAAAGCCUCCGAGUAGUGACAGACAAAGUGCUGCAGUCCAUAUUCUCCUCCCUGGAUCUCAUCCCCUAUGGAAUGCGAUAUAUUGCCAAGGUUCUGAAGAACUCCCUGCAUGAAAAGUUCCCUGAUGCAACAGAGGAUGAACUAUUAAAGAUUGUUGGAAACCUCCUUUAUUACCGGUACAUGAACCCAGCCAUCGUUGCGCCAGAUGGAUUUGAUAUUAUAGAUAUAACGGCAGGAGGGCAGAUACAUUCAGAUCAGAGAAGGAAUCUCGGCUCAGUGGCUAAAGUUCUGCAACAUGCGGCUUCCAAUAAACUGUUUGAUGGAGAAAAUGCCCAUAUGUCUUCCAUGAACCCUUACCUCUCACAGACAUACCAGAAAUUCAGGAAGUUCUUCCAGUCGGCUUGUGAGGUUCCUGAACCAGAGGAGAAAUUUAAUAUUGAUGAGUUUUCGGACUUGGUGACCCUGAGCAAACCUGUCAUAUACAUCUCCAUUGAAGAAAUUAUCAACACGCAUUCACUUCUUCUAGAACAUCAGGAUGCCAUUUCUCCAGACCACAAUGACAUUUUGCACGAGCUGCUGGAGGCACUAGGAACCGUUCCUGAUGUGGAAUCCUUUCUGGGUGAGGGUGCUGUGGACUCCAAUGACCCCAACAAAGAAAACACACUCAGCCAGAUGGCGAAGACAGAAAUAUCCCUUUCUCUUACCAGUAAAUUUGGCUUACGGGAAGGUGAAGAUAAAGACAUGAAGAGUCUGAUGAUCAAGACGAAGAAGCUUAUAGUGGAUGUGAUCCGCACCCAGUCUGGAGAGACAAUAACAGAAAUACUGGAAACGCCGGCAUCUGUGCCACAGGAAAAUGAACACUUAAUGGUAAUAGAGAAACGGGCAGCUUUUGAUGCCAAAACGCCCGACAAAAUGAAACGAAGCCAUUCUGUGUUCGAAGAUGGGCAGCUGCCACUAGAGCAAAAGAAGAGGAAAAUCCUGCGAAACCUGCGGACAUUGGAGCAAGCUGGGCUCGUGACUGAAGAGUCAAAGUACCAGGAAAUUAUCAAUGAAAUUGCAAAGGAUAUCCGAAACCAAAGAAGAUAUCGCCAGUGCCGGAAAGCUGAGUUGGUAAAGCUACAGCAGACUCUCAAUGCACUAAACUCCAAGACAGCAUUCUAUCAGGAGCAGAUCAACUAUUACAACACUUAUAUCAAGACCUGUCUGGACAACUUAACUAGGAAGAAUUCCAGGCGCUCUAUUAAAUUUGAUGGAAAGGCAGAAGAAAAGGGUUCCAAGAAAACCAAACAAGCCACACUGAAGUACACCGCUGCCAGGCUACAUGAAAAAGGGGUCAUAUUGGAAAUUGAAGGACUUCAAACCAACCAGUUUAAAAAUGUUUUGUUUGACAUUACCCCUGGGGAUGAAGUUGGUGACUUUGAAGUCAAGGCAAAGUUUCUUGGUGUUGAGAUGGAGAAGGUCCAGCUUCACUUUCAGGACCUGCUGCAGAUGCAGUACGACGGAGUCGCCGUAAUGAAAAUGUUCGACAAGGCAAAAGUCAAUGUGAAUCUCCUCAUAUUUCUUCUCAACCGGAAAUUCUAUGGGAAAUAAAAUUCAGGUGGCGGGGUUGAAGUUGUCUCUUGGAUCAGAAUGGAUUUUCCUUUGUGUAACUUUUUAAAUUUAAUAUAUUAAUUUAGCUCAUAAGAUCUAUUUGAAUUAAAAGAUAUUUGAUAACCAAAAUCUUCAGUGAUUUCUACAACAGUGCCUUUAAUUUCUUCAGUGGCAAUGGGACCUCUCUCAGCUGCUGGUCCCGUUGGCAUUGAAGGCUUUGACCCCCUCUGAUGGACAGGUUGGCAGUGCCUGGCUGCUCGAGGCCCCUGGCAGCGCUGCUCAUGCCUCACAUCACUUGAUUUUAUUGUAGAGAAUCCAAUUUAAUUUAAUUGCUUUGCCAUUUUAGAGCUGUAUUUACUUGGAGUGAGAAUACACUAUGACACGGGAGAAGUUUUAAAGACAUUCCUAAUUUCCUCUAUGUUUUUUAAUCUUGGAAGGCAGAUUAAAAAAAUGUAAAUGUGUAGAAUAAGCCCCAUUGUCUGUACUAUUAAUGUCUUGCUCUGCACGGUGAUCAUUUUACUUGCAACAUUAUGUCAUAAAAUACUAUUUUUGCAAAGCAUCAGUGCUGGCAGCGGUGAACUAACUGUCAACUUUUUGCAACUUUACUGUUUUGUUUGUUUUCUUCUUUUUUUAUUGAGAAAUAAUUUAUAAAUGGAAAGAUAAUA